AUGGGAAAUGAAUCCGAAGCGGAAUACACCUGUCAUCGCUACGUGGACGAUCAUCCGGAUCUCACCAAUGAACCGGCGAUUAUGGUCAUCUUCGCCAUCCUCUACGUGCACAUUUUCGUGCUCGGCAUCCUUGGAAAUGUGGCCGUGCUGUACCUGACGCUCAAAAAUCGUCAUCUGCAGUCCGUGCAGAACAUAUUCAUCCUGAAUUUGGCUGCCAGCGAUGUGCUGAUGUGUCUGACAUCGUUGCCAAUCACACCAAUCACAAACAUCUACAAGACGUGGUUCUUUGCGUCACCCGUCUGCAAAUUGAUUCCACUCACGCAGGGUGCAUCGAUAUUUGUGUCAACGUUCUCCCUUUCGGCAAUCGCGUUAGAUCGGUAA